AUGGCGGUGGCUGAGACACAGCUGUAUGCAAAGGUGUCCAACAAGCACAGGAGGCAAAGUACCUCUGUACUCCUCGAGUCUCUCCUCGCCAAAGGCUUCCCGGCUCAUAUCGCGCAAAAAGCCUUGGCUGCUACUGGACAAAAGACAAUAGAAGAUGCUGCAAAAUGGUUGCACUCCCACUGCAAUGAUCCCUCUUUGGAUGACCCAAUCCCUCAGGAGUACGCUCUUUACUUGUGUCCCACCGGCUGUUUGUAUAACCACCUGCAAGAGUUUUGGAAGGAGAGCAAGCGCCAGUGCGGGAAAAACAGAGCCCAUGAGAUUUUUCCACACAUCACUCUCUGCGACUUCUUCACGUGUGAAGACCAGAAAGUGGAAUUAUUGUAUGACAUCUUAAAGCGAGUUGGUAACAGCUUUUCACAGUGCUUUCCGACAUCUAUUUCCCUAUCACUACAUUCAUCCAGCAGCUACCUUGGCUUCUUCAUUGGUGACAGCCAUGCAAACGUCCUCAGAGAGUUUGCUGUGGCAUUCUCAUCAGAAGCUUCGGCCCUGGCAGAUUGCCAUGUGAAGCCUUGCCUAAAGCAGCUCCACCUUACCUUGGCUCACAAGUUUUAUCCUCACCAUCAGAAGACUUUGGAACAACUGGCCAAAUGUAUUAACCCAGGGGAGACUUGCCAGUGGGUAGCUGCUCUCUACUCACGGGACAUGCGUUUUGUGCACUAUCAGACGCUGAGGGCCCUCUUCCAGUACAAGCCCCAAAACAUCGACGAACUCAUGAUCAACACCGGGGACUUCAUCUAUGUUGACCCGACGCAGCAGUCUGACGUAAGCGAAGGCUGGGUGAUUGGAACCUCGCAUCGGACCGGUUGCAGGGGUUUUCUCCCUGAAAACUACACCGAGAGGGCCAACGAGUCAGACACGUGGGUUAAGCACAGGGAAUAUGUUUUUGUAACAGCUUCAAGAUCCUUUACCCAAACUGAAAGUGAACCCAAUGUAAAGCUGAAUGGAGAAGUCCAUAACCCUAGUAUAUCAAGGAGUGUAACCAAUGUACUUUCUCUUCAGAAUUCCACCAUGCGAAGAGGUGUGCUGGUGAUGCCAAAGGUCUUUGGCAAAUCUUGGCUUCAACUGUGCUUAACUGCAGAUGGAAAAUACUACAGACCAGAUCUGAACUUCCCUUCUACCCUGCCAAAGCGGAAAGACAACGUGAAGCAUUUUGAAUAUGAUCCUCCUUUAUCUUGCUGCGGUAUUUUCCAGUCAAGGCUUAUAGGGGAAGCUCUGCUGGACCAGGCAGUGACAGUCAGCUACGUGUACUCAUCACCCGCACUCCGCUGCAUACAGACAGCUCAGCACGUACUGCAGGGGCUUAAACUAGAUCAAAGAGUUAAAAUCAGGGUGGAACCAGGACUGUUUGAAUGGACCAAGUGGGAAGCAAGCAGAGUAAUUCCUAACUUCAUGACUGUGACAGAACUGGCAGAGGCAUCUUACAAAAUAGAUGCAAGUUACAGGGUUAACUUCCCACUCUCCUCUCUGGUGCCAUCGGAAAGUUAUGAAGAAUAUGUAAACAGAAGUUCUGCGGUUAUAAAACAGAUCAUCACUGCCUGCCCCAGCAAAGGUGUCAUCCUUAUUGUGGGCCAUGGCUCUUCCUUGGCAUCUUUCACCCGACCUCUGCUGGGGCUACCUGCCAGAGACAGCAGUGACUUUGCCCAGGUGGUACGAAAGAUCCCUUCACUCGGCAUGUGUUUCUGCGAAGAGCUGAAAGAGGAGAACAAAUGGCAGAUGGUCAACCCACCAGUGAAGACAUUAACACAUGGAGCAAAUGCAGCAUUUAACUGGAGAAAUGGUAUUGUGGAAGAUUAG